AUGUCCAAAGUUCUGUAUUGCGGAGACUUGCAUCUUGCAGGCCUCUCUGACAUUGGGUUCUCUGCCCAUGAUCGGUUUAUAGAGGCUGAAUACCAUUCAUCGAUGGUAGAUUUUACCAACAUUUCAAAACACGUAACAGAAAGUUCAACGGAACAAGAAUCGCGAAAACCUUUAAACAUUUCCUAUAUUUGUUCCGGAGGUGAGGAAGUUACAUAUAGCCUCUUCUUUUUGAACGGACAUGAACACAAAUAUUUCUUACAAGCAGUUUCACGACAUUUGGUCAAGCAGUUGCAAGCUAUUUCUUUUGAUGACUUGUUUGAUGAGAUGAUUAAAAAGAAGUCCUAUUCCAAUACUCCACAGGAUUUGGAUCAUGAGGCUUGGAUCAAAUUUCCUAGUCAUGCACUCGACACUGUUUCACGACGAGAUUCACGAGAAAUGAAACAAAUUGUUUGUCAUAACAAGAAUCGUGUCUUGUUCGAAAUGAUGGAUGGAAAAUUAUACUUUUACAAUAUGAUCUUGAAACAAAUGUAUCCUUUUGCUAUUCCUGAUAGAGGUUCCAUAACAUGCAUUGGCAGUGGAACCAUGUCACCUUUUAUUCUAGUCAAUACCGUAAAUGAUCAAGACAAUAUUUUGACUUUUAAUACGGAUAGAAUUGAUUUGGGUGCGACUGAAGGAAAGAACAAAAUUGCAUUUCCUAACAAACCAGCAGAGAUCAAAUUUAUGAAAUGUUAUUGUAGGCAAUUGUUUAUAUUUGUUUUGAAGAACAAUUAUAUGUAUGCUUUCAAAGGUGCUGGAUGUACCUCAAUCUAUGGUUUUGAGAAUAUCCCACAAGAGGUUGUUUCACGUGUGGUAACAGGAUUUGAAAACGAAGGAAACAUCAUUGGGAUUGAUACUGGGUUUGCACAUGUUGCUGUAUUGCUUGACAAUGGUGCUGUUUAUACAAUGGGUCUGAACAACUUUGGUCAACUCAGCCAGCCAGUAUUACGUGACGAAGAUACCGUAAUGUCAUUUGUUAAAAUUGCACUAAAAGUUCCAUCGCUUGCUGUGUGUUGCGGAUCGACAUGCACAUGUGUCUUGACAACAAGUGACAUUAUCUUCUUUGGAGAGGUUAAAAACGAAUUUAUAUUAACAGACCCAGUGGAUCAGGAAUAUAAAUCAUUUACACGCUUUUGGGUUCAUAAAAAACAAUACUCAGAUCAAGAUGUGAGUUUGGGACCUUGGCAUGGAUUCAUUUAUCGAAAUAGUUUUCAUGUGAAAAAAUUCAACACACAUUUCAUUCACAAACUUGGAGAAAAAGUGAACAAUGAAAAAUUGAGUGAUAUUGUCCUUGGAACAAUAAACGACUAA